AAGAGCUAAAACUGAUAUUUUACUUUCAUGAGGAAAAUGAAGGGUGAGUUCAAUGCUUUGAUGGCAAUAAUGUCUCUACUCUUAGCCUUCUCGUUUGUCCAUGGAGGAGGAGAGUCUGGACCACCUGCUAAUGUAGCCGCUACACCUAGUAGUCCAACCGGAGGUUCUAGUGGUUCAAGCGGCUCGGCUCAUGGACCUAAUUGGGGAUACAGUUGGGGAUGGGGUUCAACUCCAGGAGGUGGUUAUGGCUAUGGUUCUGGUUCUGGUUCGUCACCAGAAGGAGGAGGAAAAGGGGGUGGAUUCGGGUUUGGUUCGGGUUCGGGUUCAGGAACUGGAUUUGGGUCUGGCUCCGGAGGAGGAGGAGCCAUAGACGGUGGUUCUGGCCAAGGAAGUGGGACUGGUUACGCUGGCGAAGGUGGUGGCUCAGGCGGUGGGAAUGGUGGUGGAUCACCAGGUCGUAGAGAGAGGAGCCAACACCGUUAAAAGAAGCUUUCUUGAUAUAUUACCUUAACACCAUCAUACGUGAUACAUGCAUAAUAUGAUCAUAAGACUAGAAGAAGGAAAAAGAGAUAUUAGCAGCUUACUUAAUUAAUGCAUAAAUAAGGAUCAAAAGAAUAAGUAGGUGGGCUUUAAUUACCGCUGUACGUACUUUGUAUUAUAACUAAACCUAUAAUAUAUUGUGUUCUUGCGCCAAACCUAGUAUGUUCAAAUUUAAUACUUGACGAUGAUGAUCAUAUUACAAA